AUGAAGCAAUCAAGAAAGGCUGCAAAAGUUGCUUAUCAAGGAUUGAAGGAGUUGGUUAAAUUUGGAAAGUUUGCUGAAUUUGAAGACACUCCUGCUAUUAAAGUAUCUGAUGAUGAAGAAGAUCAAGAGGAUCAAGGAAAUGAAUUUUUAGAAAAUGAGUUUGAAAAUUUUAUUCAGCAAAGUAUCUUAAUCCCAGAAGAGGAUGUUGUUGUCACUCCUCAGAUCGUAACUGAAAGGGAAAGUGACACAAUGGUGCAAUCUUCCUCACCGACCCCUGAACAGAUGGACGCUCUCAUUGCAGAACUUCAACAAACUACAAGGAAGUCUCCCCAAACAGUUCUUGUUGAUACUGAACCUCCAUCUGGAAGUGAUCCAUAA